AUGGCGUAUACGUAUAACCUACCAGCUCCUCUCUGUCUUGAAGGUAAUUUAUCAGAGAAUUGGCGGCGUUUCAGUCAAAGUUUUAAAAUAUAUUUAGAAGCAGCAGGCUUAAAUGAAGCAUCAGAUACUAGAUUAAUUGCCAUCCUUCUAAAUACUGUUGGCGAAAAUGCGUUGGCAGUCUACAAUACUUUUCCGAAACUGCCAAAAGAUCGUAAACUGGAUGAUGUAUUGAAGCAAUUUCACUUGUACUGUAAUCCCAAAACAAAUAUUCUACAUACAAGACACUUGUUCUACAAUAGGACACAGCAAAUUGGUGAAUCCUUUGACAACUUCUUAACAGAUGUUAAAGCGAAGGCCUCUCAAUGUGGUUUCAAAAAAGAAUGCUAUGAAGAAAUGAUAAGAGACAGAUUGGUGUUUGGAACUAUCGAUAAGGAUAGUCAAGAAAAAUUAAUUAAAAAUGGAGACCCCCCAUUAGAAAAUGUUAUUGCUUCAUUACGAACAGCGGAAAUUACAAACAGCCAUAUAAAGGAAAUUCAAAACUCUUGUCAGGCUCAUGAUAAAAUUUAUUCAGUGUCAUCAUCUCAUACAAAUAAAUAUACUAAAGAUAAACAAAUUAAAUAUAGUAAAGAAAUGUAUAAUAAUACAGUAAAAACGUGUAACAAAUGUGGCUAUACUCAUAAUUAUGCUCAAUGUCCAGCCUUUGGUAAAACGUGUGCAAAGUGUCAAAAAACCAACCACUUUGCAAAAGUAUGUCGGUCCAGCAAUAAGAACACCAACAAAAAUGUCUCUGAAGUGCAUUUGGAUCCUGAAACUGAAGAUAACUACUUUUGUGGUGCACUAACAUCAACAUUCUUCAUUGAUUCACUGGCAUGGUAUGAGAAAAUUAAUGUAGAAGGAUCAGAAGUUAACUUUAAACUUGAUUCUGGUGCGGAUGUCAACAUUAUACCCAUGAAUUUAUUUCAAGAAAUCACAAAGAAUUCAUCCAAGCCCUUAACUCUUAACAAAACAUCUGCUAACCUUGAAAGCUGGAAUGGGUACAAAACCCCAAUAGAAGGUAUAAUAAAACUUAAAAUUAAAACAAAUAACAUAGACACUGAAGAAACAUUUUGUGUAGCAGGUGGUAAACAAUCAAUUCCAAUCUUGUCGCGAGAUACUUGUGUCAAACUUAACUUGAUUCAGCGCAUGGAAAUAUCAGAAGUUAGCAAAAUACAAGAGAAGCCUCAACUAAUACAAAACGCAUUAAAACACAAAAAAUAUUAUGAUUUAGAUUCUAAGCCUAGAAUAGAGAAUUUUACACCUGGUCAAAAAGUUUAUUAUAAAGACAAUGAAAGGAGCAUAUUUUGGAAACCUGCUACUAUUGUAAAAUUAAAUAUUAACCCAAGGUCUGUAACAAUAAAGGAUGAUAAUGAUGGCUCUAGUAAAGUAAGGAACAGUUGGUUCAUUAAAUCUAAAGGAAGCCGGCAUCCAAACAACCUGAAUGUAUGUCCUAGUGUCCCCCCCUCCCCUCAGGUCUCCCCUCAGAGGCAUUGGGCGCGUCGAAUAACUCAUGAUGCUGUUCAGUUGGCCAAAAAACUUACAAUGGGUCCAGUCAUUGAGGUUCGACAAUGGCGGCCGCGGCAACGUGCGCUUGCGCCGACC